AUGAAUUCGCUUUUCGCUAUAGGCAUGAAAAUGACAUUUUCAGUUGGAAAUUCAAAAAAAGAAAAUUUUCCACGAAUCAACGAACAAAAAGCUUUGCUAUGCUUCGAUGUUUUGUUCUUGUUCUCCAUGAAGGAUGAAAGCAAGAAAUCAGUUUGUAUUUUGUUACAGAACAAAUCACAUCGUCACAGCAUUUUUUUAUGGAUGAAAUUUACGUUCAUAGAAAGCGAUGAAGUGAAAAUAACUACGACUGUUACUUGUUCUGAUGAGACUUUGCUCAUCGAAGAUAAAGAAAAAAAAGAGAACUUUGUUAUCUACUAA